CGGAAGCUGUGUUCGUGCGCGUUUCGUCAUCCGAAGUGUGACAUUUGUGUGUCGAUUCCCGUGCUAAAUUGCUAGGAAAAUUCCCUUCGGGGGACCAAAAAGCAGACAGGUGAAUUGGAAAAGUGGCUGCAAAUGUGAACCCGGCCCAUCCCCGUUCACCCGCGUGCAUCAAAGUGCAAAUUGAUUGAGUUAUGCAAAUUGUCUGUGUUCGUCUCUCCUUGUUGCCACCCCCUGCUUCGAGGGUUUUUUUCUGCAUUCCGAGUUCAAGUGAAGUGUUUCGAUAAAUUGUGUGUCUAGCACGAGCCCCCUCCUGGUUCCGACGUAGAAGCGUACAUCACAAUCAACAAAUCACUUUCCAAAUCCUUGGACCGACCGUUAUCAUCGUAAGUGUGCUGUACAAAUUUAAGACUUGAGGGGACUCGUAGGGAAAGGUUCUCCAUCCUCCCCAAAACGGUUUCGACUUCUAAGAGCAACUAACAUCCGCCAGAAUCGCCGUCGUCGUUGUCGUCGAAAAGGGGGAGCAAUUCGCAGCAACGAAAAAAAAGAAGAACGGACCGGACGGACGAAAUCGUAAACGUACAACAUUGCAGUAAUAGUAGAAAGACGGAGAAAAAAAACAAGAUCUACGAGGAAGUGCAGAAUCGUGGGAUUAGCGAGAAAAAAUAGCGGAAAGCGGAAAAACACAAUAAUCGGAUUAAAAUAGUGCAUUUAAACGAGGAAAAAAUUUUUUUUUCAAGAAUUAACCGAAAGCAGAAAAAGAAAUACUGGUGAUUAGCGGAAGAGUUUUACUGUUUGGUGAGAACGAACGAAGGUUUUAAAGUGCGGUAAUCAGUUGCUGUUUUUCUUUGCUUGCUCAACAAAAAAAAAAGAACAAAAUUUCGCAGUUUCGCGUUGAGUUUUUUUUUUAUUUCGAAACCUGGACACAUACAGACAGAGAUCGGUUCUCUCGGUGGUUUCGGCGGACCAUUGAGCCAUUGAGUGGAGAUUAUUUUAGCGAAGAUUAGGGUAUAAGGAAACAGUCGCCAUGAUCAACAGGAGUUCGAGCCUCAAGGGGCUCGAAUCGAUAGGAACCUUUCUAAUAGCGGUAACGUUGCUUGCCGUGACGUCACACGUUAAUGCUGCACCCAUGUACGAGAGCGAUCAGACUGACCUAGAGAAUUAUGGCGAAUCGACGGGCUGUUACUACAACUACAAUCACUACAGCGAGGGUGAUCGUAUCAUGACGAACGAGCCCUGCCUAAACUGUACCUGCCACGAUCGUAUGCUAAUGUGCUACCUGCGGGUAUGUCCGUUUACGAAAGCCAUCGGUCAGGAUUGUACGAUCGAGAAGCGAGAGGAUCAGUGCUGCCCGGUAAUCACCUGUCCCGAGGUUGAAGUUCAGCUGGUGGACCAUCAGACGGCAGGAAGCCCGGAUGCUGCCGGAACCCCAUCUACGGCUGUCGGUGCCCCUGAUCAGUACGGCUGCUCGAUCGAAAACAGAUUCUAUCCGGAAGGAGCUCAAGUGCCAUCAAAUCCCCACAAGCCUUGCGAACUGUGCUACUGCAUUCGUAACAUGACCACUUGUGUGAUGCAGGAGUGUACGUUACACAUUGAUGGAUGCCAGCCGAUCUACAACAAGGGCGUCUGCUGUCCAGUGCGAUACGAUUGCGAUCACGAACGAGAUUCCACUCCACUGCAGCUGGAAGACGAAACGACCACUACGGUGCGCCCGACGCCUGGCUUCAUCCUGACGACCACGAUGUCUCCGACCAUCUCGACGGAUUGUAUCCACAAUGCGGAAGUGUACGCGGAUGGUGCCAUGAUCAUGACCGAUAAACCCUGCGAGCAUUGCUACUGUAUGCGCGGAGAUAUCGUGUGUGCCGUUCAGGAGUGCGGUACUCCACUGGAGAAUGAAGGCAAGAACUGCACGGCAGUACCGCCAGCACCGGAACAGUGCUGCCCGGAUACGUACAUGUGCGACGGUGGAAUGGAUGCCACUACGCUGCGACCAGAAUCGGACGAACAGUUGGUGGAAGAGAUUGCCACCACGGCUCGAGGCCCGGCCGUCAGCAGUGAUGAGAGCAAACCAGUUGAAGAUGAGGAAGAUGUUCAGCAGCACCAAGUCCCACAUGAAGGCACCAUGGUCGAUGAUAAUACGGAAAGCGAAGAGGAAGACUUUGUAGCAGAACCAAUCCAUCACGACGUCGUAGAAGAUGAGGAAGGUGAGGAGGAAGUAGAAGCCCCAGCCGCUCCAACAUUCGAUGACAAACCGAUCGCCACCACUAGUCAACCAAUUCAUGUCGAUGAGAAAGAAGCUACCACACUGGCGACAGCUCAGGAUGAAAAGGAACCAGAAUCACCAGCUGAACCAGCGAUUGUCGCGGAUGAUGAAAAGGAAGCUGAACCUCAAGCCACAACAGCUUUCCCUGCACCUGCAGCUGAUGCUAAACCAGAAACAGAGCCCCAAGCCGAGAUUGAAGAACCAAUCGUCAGUCAUGAGGAACCAGCUACAACUGGACGGCCAGCUGAGCCAGAAAAGGAUCUAGCAGCCCCAACAGUCGCUGCUGAAGAAGAAAUCGCUGCGUUAACCACGGUUUCCCCGAAGGAAGUCGAAAGCGAUGUACCCGCAGCGACCACCACUCCGUUCGCAUUCACAGCCAGUGAUGAGGAUAUCGCUCAAACCACCGAGAGCCGUACCUAUCUGCCACCAUACCACGACUCCGAAACUACCACCGCUCGUAUCGCGCUAGAAGAAGCCACUAUUCACGCAGCUACUGCCGAUGAGGCUCCUAUCGAGUCCGACCAACCGGAAUCUCCAAUCGAAUCCGAUCAACCAGAAACCUCAGCUACCACAAUCAAGACCAUCGAAUCGACUACCUACACCAAAGAGCCAGCCCACAAAUCAGAAGAUAAUGUGCCCGAAGAGCAGGACUUUGUUGAGCUCCCUCCAGCAGUCAUUGUCACCGAACUUCCUCCAGUACCACCAAGUGAAGCUCCGACCGCAGCCAGUAUCCCGGAAAUGCCAGCGGAAGAAGUACAAACUACUUACCCACUGGAAGCCGACUCGCACAUCCUGGAUGAAGCGAUGACCUCCACCGCUGCCGCUCCAACUAAGGAAGACAAGAUUCAACCUGAUCUGGAUGAACCUGUCGAAAUGAACACGAUUAUCCCGUUGGAAGAUGAUAAGAAACAAGACGAACCGAUUGUCAAACCGGCUGAGGAAACUAUUCAGGAGCAGAUGUUCCCAGAAGCCAUUCCUGGCGAAGGAGACUGUUUGGUAGAUGGACAGACUUACAAGAAUAAUGCUAUCAUUCCUGCCAGUAGCAAGUGCCAGACCUCGUGCACGUGCUCAAACAGUGUCGUUCAGUGUGAGAUGGUACGUUGUGCUGCCGCCCCUGCUAAGGACUGCGCUCCAGUGCCAGCCGUUCCUGGCGAAUGCUGCCCAACAUACAAGUGCAAUGCUGUCGAACCGGAUGAUAGUACCUCCGAAUCGGACAGCGAUGAAGAUUCGCGACCAUCCGUUGAAGAAGCCAAACAACCCGAACCAACGGAAAGCUCGUCCACGGAAAGCUCCUCGUCAUCAUCGUCGUCUUCGAGUGCCGACGAAACUGAAGAAUCAAAGGAAGAAGACGAGCAAUCCGAAAGUGACUCGAUCUCUGAUGAUAGCGAUGAGGAUGAAGAGUCUAACCAGAUUGAAGAUCAAGCAACGGUCACUACCCGGCGACCGGCAGUAACAACUCCAGCCAACACAGAGCAAGACAAACCUGUUGAAAGCGACUCGUCCUCCGAUAGCGAUGAGGAUUCCGAUGAAACUCAAGCGCCGCACUUCACUGCUCGUCCAAUGGUCAUUGCUGAAGAACCCGAAGCCACCACCCCGACUAAGGUUGCUGAUACCGAGCAAGAGCAAGAAAAGGUGACAACGUCCGCACCUGCUGCCGAUGAAGUGGCUCCAGCCCUACCUGUUGAACCAGUUGAAAGCGAACCGAUCGCCACAUCCGUACCAACGGCUGAUGAAGUGUCCCCUGCUGCUGAGGAACAACCUGCCCUGCCUGCUGAACCAGUUGAAAUUGAACAUGCCACCACAUCCGCACCUGUUGCAGAUGAAGUGGCUCCGGCUGAAGAGCAACCUGCUCUGCCCAUUGAACCUGUUGAGAGUGAAAAGAUGACUACUUCCGCCCCUACUGCUGAUGAAGUGGCUCCUGUUGAAGAGGAACCUGCCCUGCCUGUUGAACCAGUUGUAGGCGAACAAAUGACCACAUCCGCACCUGUAUCCGAUGAAGUGGCUCCAGUUGAACAACCUGCCCUGCCUAUUGAACCAGUUGAAAGCGAAAAGGUGACUACAUCUGCUCCUGUAGCUGAGGAAGAGGCUCCUGCUGAGGAAGAACCCGCCCUGCCUGUUGAACCAAUUGAAACUGAAAAGGCCACAACAUCCGCACCGGCAGCUGAUGAAGAGACCCCGGCUGAGUCGCAACCCGCCCUGCCCGUUGAACCAGUUGAAAGCGAAAAGGAAGCAGACCAACCAGCUCUCGCUCCCACGGCUGCUCCUGCUGUCGAAGAACAGACGAAUUCCAUUGUUGCCGAUGAAGUAGAGAAGAAACCGGAAGAAGAAGUGAUCGUGGCUGCCGCACCAACUGAAGAGGAGGAAGAACAACCAGCGGCUGAGGUUACGACUGCUCAUGCGAUUGCUGAACCUGCCCAAGAAUCGACAACAAUCGCGGCAGCGGCCGAACCCGAACAAGAUGAUACUCAAGCUGCCUUACAAGCGGAACACGACGAACCAAUUGUACCGGCUACAGAGAAAGCACAAGAACCGGCGAUUGAAGUAACCACUACUCCAGCGAUCCAAAAAGACGAAGUAGAAGAGAUUGCAGCGACAACUGCCAAGGCUGAAAAACCAAUCGCUCCAGCGGCUGCAGAUGUUCCAGUUGAGAGUCACGCCGAAGAAGCUCCAGCUACAACUGCGCAACCAGCUGCUGCCGAUGAAGUUAGUCCAAUUGAAGAAGUCAAACCGGAACAAGUUGAAGAUGUUCCAGCAACUACAGCCGCACCGGUAGUUUCGGAUGAAAUUGCUCCAGUCGAAAAGGAACAGGAACCGGAAGUUCAAGCUCCAGUAGAACAAGAUCUACCAGAAGCUCCUGCGGCGACGACCGUAAGAGUCACUGAAGAAGAAGAAAUUUCCACGGCUGCACCACACGACGAUGGUAUUCAUUUGCCACAGGGAGAACCCGAACAACACGAACCUGUUCCAUCCGAGGACGAAGAACAACAACCAGAGCAACCGAUUGAGCAUGAUGAUAGCAUUCACUUCCCAGAGGAAGAUGAGGCUGAAUCUCCUAUUCAGAUUCCAACCGUCGUUGACGAUCAUGUAGCUGGCCACGUUGAUGAGGAGGAAGCUGAAGAAACACCUGAGGCACCGAAACCUGCUGAGGCUACAACUGCUAAGAUUGAAACUGAAGCCGACCAGGCAGAGCAGGAGAAGGUUGAAGCGGACAUACCAGCUGUACCAACGGUUGAAGAGGAAGAGAAACCUGCUGAAGAGCUACCGGCUACGACACAGACUGUCCUUGCACCGGAACAUGACGAGGAGGAGAAACCGGCUGAAGAAAGUCAACCGACCACAAGUGCACCAGUUAGUCAAGAUGCCCAACCGGAAAUGCCAGUUGAAGAAAUACAUCCACAGAUGCCACUUGAAGCGGACGAUCAAAUCAAGGAACACGAGGAAGUCCCGGCUACAACUGUUAAGGUUGAGGUGGCACCUACUCCUGCUGCUGAUGAGGUAGAACAAGCGGAAGUAGAAGAACAGCAUCCCGAAGUACAGGUUCAAGUUGAUGACGAGAAUGUUAGCUCCGAAGAAGACCAGGAACACAUACCGGUGAGCCAUGACGUCGGUGCAGAAGAGGAAGGAAGCGACGAAGAGAUUGAAGCUGAUGUGCAUGAAGUACCGGCACCAACAUCUGAGGAACAUGACCAGGAAGAGGAGAAACCGGCUGAACCUGUGGAACCGGAGACGCCUGCAAUUGUAAGCGAUGUCACGCCGGUAGAUAAGGACACAACAGAACAGAUACCUGCAAUUGUUAGCGAUGAAAAGCCAGCCGAAGAGGAGAAACCAAUUGAAGCCGAGCCAACAACGAUGAGCGCUGAAAAGCCUGUCGAACAAGACGAGGUGGUGAAACCGGUUGAAGUCGAGUCUACAACGGUGAGCGAAGAAAGACAGACUGUGAAGGAUGAAGAGGAGUUGAAACCGACUGAGGCAGCACCGGUAGCGGUGAGCGAUCAGAAACCGAUUGAAGAAGAAAUGAAACCAGUUGAACAAGAAGUGAUAAGUGAAACGCCAGUUGAGGAUGAACAAGAAAAGAAACCAGUUGAGGAAGAAGAGCCAGUGGUGGCUAGUGAUGGUAAACCGGUUGAGGAGGAAGAAGAGGAAAAACCUGUUGAAGUUGAACCUACUGUUACGAGCGAUGAGAAACCGAUUGAACCAGAGGAGGAGGAGAAACCAGUGAUUGUGAGCGACGAAAAACCAGCUGUUGAAGCAGAAGAAGAGGCGAAACCGGCUGCUGAAAGUGACGAAGCCACUACACCAGCAAUCUCUUCUGAGGAAGAACAGAAACCAGCAGCGGAAGAUGAGUUACCGGCAACGACCACCGCUCCAUUGGAAGAUGCAGCUAAACCAGAACCAACGGCCGAUGAUAGUCAAAAACCACAAGAAGAAACGGAAGAGGAACAGAAACCAACCGUCUCGGCUGAUGAAGAGAAGAUUCCGGAACCCGAACUAGUUGAGGAACAGAAACCAGCCGAAGCUGAUGAGGAAGAAAAACUGGCAACGACGGCCAUUCCAAUGAAGGAUACAGAAGAACCAGUUGACGAUCAGAAACCGAUUGAAGUCGCCGAAGAAGAAAUUACAGCAACUACUGCCGCUCCUGCUAAGGAUGAAGUACCAGAAUCGGACGAUACUCAGAAACCGGAAGAAGAGAAACCAGUGGCUCCAGCUGAUGAAGUAGAAAUCCAACCCAUCUCCACUGAUGCACCGAAACCUGCAGAAGAUGAAACUGCUGUCUCCGAGGAAGAAAAACCAGCUCCAGCGGCUGAUGAAGUCGAAGAAGAGAAACCAGCACCAGCUACGGAUGCUGCCAUCAAAGAGUCUGAAGAGCCCGCAACUACGGCUGCUACUGUUGCCGCUGCUGACGAAAAGGUUCAAGAACCGAUCGAGGAAGAAGAAGUGAAACCGGAGGCUGAUGCUGCUGAGCCUAAGCCAACGGAAACUCCAAUUAAGAUUGAUCAAGUGACAGAAGAGGAACAACCAGCUGCUGAACCAGUUGAACCAGAAGAAGCUGAGGAACAUGUUGGUGCGGAAAUUCCGGAAUCGGAUGCUCAUGAAGAUGAGGAGGAAGAAACUAUUGCGACGGAAGCCCCAGUCGAAGAAGACAAACCAGCUGCCGAGACACCUGUACCGGUUGAAUCAGAUCAAGCAGAGAUACCAGCUCCGACAGUUGCACCAAUAGAAGAACAACCAACUGAGACACCAGCAGCUGACGUUGAAAAGGCACCUGAAUCGGAUGAAACUCAGGAAUCGGUGAAACCGGCCAUCGUACCAGUGGAAGCUGAUGAAACUGAGAAACCAACUGAAAUUCCAGUGAAGGAAGCGGAACCAGUUCCAGCUGUGACAGCUGAUGAAGAAGAGAAACCGUCUGUGGAACCCGUUGAAGCUGAUGAGGAAGAGAAACCAGCCGUCGAACCCGUCGAGAUCGCUGACGAAAGUGAAGAAGCUACACCAACAACCGCUUCCGCUCCGAUUAGUGAUGAACAUAAACCAGAGAUUGUCGAAGAUGAAGCUGAAACUCCAGCAACAUCCGCCCCAGCCUUGGACGAGAAAAUCGAACCAGCAACUGAAGAAGUAGAGAAACCAUUGGAAGAUAAGGAAGAAAUUCCAGCUACUUUGGCUCCAUCGCAGGAUGCUGAAGAGGAACCAGUGGUUGCAGGUGCCGCCGAUGAUGAAGAGAAACCAGUUGAAGCUACCACUCUUGGCACGGUUGCGGAAGAGAUCAAACCAACGCCGGAAGCUGACGAUCAGGUUAAACCCGUUGAAGUGGAGGUAACUGAAGCACCAGCAGCCGCUGAAGAUGAACCUAAGCCAACGGCCGCUUCCGAUGAGGUAGAAGAAGAGAAACCAGUAGAGAUAGAACAGGAACAAACUCCAGUUGCCGCUGAGGACGAGAAGCCAGCCGUUGAACAAACCGAAGCUCCAGCCGUGGCUGUUGAUGAUACUAUUGAAGAAGAACCUACCAAGGCCGAGGAAGAGCUACCAGCCACAACUGUUGCUCCAAGUUUGGGUGAUGAUACUGGUAAGCCAUCAGUUGUUGAACAGGCUGCGCCCGAGGAAGAAAUUCAGCAAACUCCGGUCCAACCUCUUGAGGAUGAAGAUAUCCAGCAGGCGCCAGCAGUGCAACCGAUUGAGGACGAAGAGGUAGUUGCUUCGCCAGUACCUGCUUCGAUUGCGCACGAUGAAGAAGCGGAAGAAGAUCAGAAACCAGAACUGGCUGAAUCGGCUACAACUAUUGCCCCUGCUCUCGCUGCUCAAGAUGAACAGGAAGCGACGGAAGCUCCAGUUGCCGAAGAGAAGGACGAGUCAGAAGCACCACAAGUCAGUCAAGAUGAAGUGCAGAGUCCGAGCGAAGAGGAAGUGCCAGCGCCAACGACAGCCAAGGUGGAAGUCACCGCUGCACCAACCGAGGCAAUUGUGGAGCAAGAAGCCCCCACAACAGCUGCGCCAGUUAAAGCUGACGAACAUGAACAAGAGCAGGAACGAACAACCAUUGCACCUGAAGAACCGGCAAAGGAAACUACUAUCGCAGCAGACAUUCCGGCAUUGGAUAGCGAAAAGGAGUCGAUUGAAGAGGAGCCGGCGAAACCAGUGGAAGCUGCCGAUGAAGAUGUUCAAAGUGCCAAACCCGAGAUCGAAGAAGAAACGAAACCAGCAGCUGUCGAAGACGAGGAAGAUCUGCAGCAACAGGUUAAGCCAGUGUUUGAUGAAGACUCGAAACCAGCAGUUCCGGUGGAAGAUGAGGAAGAUCUGCAGCAACAGGCUAAACCAGUGUUUGAUGAUAAGGAGGAACAGGAGAGUCAGAAACCGGUCGCUCCAGCUGCCGAAGAUAGCUAUCUCCAGCCAACCACCACCAAGAAGCCAGAUCAAAGCGAAACUCCCGGACCAUCGUAUGGACCUCCUGGUCACCAUUACGAUACUGGUUACGGUCACAUGCCACCGCAUUAUCCACCGUCGUCCUACGAGGACGACUACACGGACGAGGAAGAUCCGGCUGCGUUCGGACCGGGAACUUGCCGAUACGGUGGUAAACUGUACGUCUCCGCUCAACAGAUUCCACGUGACGAUCCGUGCGAUUUCUGCUUCUGUUUCCGAAGUGACAUCAUCUGUCUGCAGCAGUCCUGUCCGCCACCGAUCAGCGGUUGCCACGAGGAGCCAAUUUCCGGCUUCUGCUGUCCACGCUACGAAUGUCCCGUGUCGAUGGCGACCGUGCUCAAUGUGACGACCAGUACGACUACGACCACGACUACGCUGCCACCGCACUUCCUGUCGCACGCGUACAAGGGCGGAGUGACGAAGCGUGGCUGCCAAAUUCAGGGUAAGGCGUACAACGUCGGUGAGAUGGUUGCGUCGGCGAGCGGUCCUUGCAUGCGGUGCACAUGCGGCGGUGAUGGGCAGAUGAAGUGCGAACCGAAGGCGUGCAGUCCCGAACCGAUGCUGCAGCAGAUGAUCGCCGUGGCAGCGUCUCGGAGGAGAUGAAGAGAUGAUACCGCUGACGAACAGUGGGAGUAGGAUGAUCGCAAGAGAAAGAGAGAUUGAGAGCGAGAUUGCGUGCGUAUAAAAUUUAGGAGCUAAUCUCGAGCUAGUACUUUUUCAAACGAGAGAGA